AUGCGAGACGUGGAGCCGGAAGCGGAACACGGAAGACGAAGAGACGGAUCGGACGAGGGUUUCAUCGGGCACUGCCACCGGCAGAGGCCGUUUCGCCCUCGCCGGGAGGCCAGGAAGCGGCUGCUGCUGGCGAGUCUCCUCUGCGUUGCCUUUGCAGUCGGCGAGGUCGUGGGUGGGUAUCUGUCUAAUAGCUUGGCCGUCGUCGCGGACGCGGGGCAUCUUCUUGCGGACUUUGCCUCGUUCGCCGUCUCCCUCUUCGCGAUCUGGUUGGCGAAGCGGCCGCGUUCGAAGACGUUCAACUUCGGGUGGCAUCGGGCCGAAGUGAUGGGGGCUUUCGCGUCGGUCCUCGCCAUCUGGAUCGUGACGGGGGUGCUCGUCUACGCGGCGGCGAUGAGACUCGCGUACGCGGAUUACGACGUCGAUGCGAACGUCAUGCUCGUCACGUCUGGGAUCGCCAUCGCGGUGAAUUUCGUUCUGGGUGUCAUUCUCCACGAACACGGCGCCCGUCGCGUUCGCGGACGCCGUCGUCGUACCGGGGAGAUACGGGAAGAGGACCCGGAGAAGGGAAAGCCGCUCUUACCGCAUCCCAGAGACCGCGGAAAAGGAGCGUCGAAGGAACCGGAUCCCGGCGGAAAGAAGCACCGCGGUUCCCGGCACGAUUCACGCGGGUACGAGACUCCCGAUCGCACGGUACCCAGCCCGAAACCCUCUAGUCGCGGAAUCCUGUUUAGAGGCGUCGCGAAAUCCAACACGCCUCACCACGAUCACCGACCCACGAGAAACUUGAACCUCUCGGCCGCUUUCAUCCACGUCCUGGGCGACUUCCUCCAGAGCCUCGGCGUGUUCAUCGCCGCCCUCCUCAUCUACUUCCGUCCCGACCUCCGCUUCCUCGACCCGAUCUGCACCUUCCUCUUCUCCGUCCUCGUCCUCCUCACCACCCGCAAGACGACGACGACCAUCCUCUGCAUCCUGAUGGAGUGCGCCCCCCCCUCCCCCGGCCACGACGAACUGGUCUCCGCCCUCUCGUCCGUCCCCGGCGUCUCGUCCGUCCACGAUCUGCAUUCCUGGUGUCUGUCCGUGGACCGCUGCGUCCUCGUCGCACACGUCGUCGUGGCUCCAGGCACUUGCCACCGGAAGACCCUGAGAAGGGUUCUUCUCGGGCUCCGUUCCCGUUACGAUUUCUACGUUACUUGCAUCCAGGUCGAAGACUACAGGGACUCCAUGAAAGAAUGCAUCCAAUGUACGAGGAAACUGAAAUAA